AUGGGCCAAGGACAGUCUCAGGAGGUUCCUGACGGGACCAUCGAGUCUCCAAAGAACUAUGAUCACGGCCAUUAUAUGAGCCCAGAAUCCGACCAGCCUCCAAAGGAUAAAUCCAAGUCGAAAUCGAAGCGGAAGAGAGAGGUUUCUCCAAAUGGCACCAAACGGGCCUCCAUUCCACCACCUCAGCCGCAGCAUGAACACAACUCUCGUCCGUCAAAACGAAAGCGCAUACCUGAUCCAGCGAAGAAGGAGAAGAGCUCUCGUAAGGUAGAUGGGGGACGUCCAGCCGGGGGGCAUGGUGCUGUCGACACCCGAGUUCCUGAACAACCCACAAAUUCGAAAUCGCACUCUACUGAAAAACACGAGGCGAAAGGAAGCUCUGGGUCGCGGCACAAAUCGAAAGAGCCCACCAAAGCAACUACGUCGUUACCGGAACGACCUUCGACACCAAAGCUGCCACCACUAUCGAGCGCGAUAGAGCCGGCGAAAUUAACCACUGCAGUAUUGCCAGGCAGAAAUCUCAUUAGCCAAUCAUCCAUAAAGCCCAAUCGUACCGAAAGUGCUGCGAGAAAGGAAAAGCUGACGGGCUUCUUCACCUCUGAGGAAGUGCAAAAACUGGAGAACUUCAAGCUCAAUUUCUGCAACACUCAUGGACUUUCAGCAGACAGCUUCGACCAGAUGGUCCAGCAUUCCGAUCGCGAUAAGGGCGUGGAAUUUCCUUGCGAUUCAGAUAUUAUCACUAAGCCGGAAUUCUGGAAGAACAUCUACGAGACAAUUCCCAUGCGAGAUCAGAGAUCAGUCUACCGCUUCAUGAGACGACACUUCCAGGCAUCCACCCAAAAGCCGCAUCAAUGGUCCCACGAACAAGACGACGAACUCGUCUCAAUGCACACACGCUAUGGACCGAAAUGGGCUUACAUUGCCAAGCUUCUCGGCCGUAGCGACGAUGAUGUCGUGCAGAGAUGGAAAAACCGUCUCGAGCAUCGAGCUACCAUGCUACGCGGCUCGUGGUCCGCGGACGAGAUCCGUUGUCUUCAAGAUGCGCUUCGGGAUACAUGGAAAGCGAAUAAGAAAGCCGGGUAUGACACGGGCAAAGAUAUUUACGAGAUGGAAGAGACGCUCAUCGGAUGGGGACAAAUCAGCACUCGUAUGGAGCAUGUCCGCUCGAGACAGCAGUGCGCGGAUAAAUGGCGCAGAAUCCGACGCAAGGUUCUCGAACAGCGGAACAGAGGCAAUCCCGAUGCUACAUAUGAGCCUACGGCGGAGCUGCGUUCGCCUAAGAAGCAGAAAAACCCCAAGUCGUCGCCUACCACUGACACGCCUAAGGAGGAUUCCAAGUACAAGAGUGCUGAAUAUGUGGACUCUGAUGAGGAGGAUGAGGAAGGUGAUCGGGAUGCGAGCACUGCUGCACCGUCGCCUUCAAAAGAGACGAAGUCCAAGAAACCCUCUGCCAUCAAUAUGUUUGUGAAAAGGCAGGCGAAUGGUUCUCCGGAGAAGUCCAAGGCUGUUCCAGGACCGGCGCCUGAGUCUGAAACUGAGUCCAGCUCCGAAACAGACACAAGCUCCGUGUCGGAGUCGAGCGACAACGGCAACGACGCAAACCAACCCUCUACAGACAAUAUCAAAACAGCCUCAGGCAAAAACAGCAUGUCUACAAAGACACCCGAACCGAAACCCGCAUCCAAGAACCAACCAUCUCUUUCCAAAGGCCAAAAAUCAACCCCUCAAAAGCGCACACGACUGUCUACACUCUCUGACUCUUCCGACUCUGAAUCAGAGGGAUCAGAUCGCAAGCGACAAUAUACUAGUCCUAGAGAAGAAGAAAAGAGCAAGAAUAAAGCUUCUUCAAAGAAUGAAAAGUCUGCGAGUGAAAGCUCAUUUGGAUCUGAUGAUGAAUCCCAAUCCGGGUCCGGAUCGGAGUCCGGCUCUGGAUCAGACUCGAGCAGCGAGUCUGGAGUUGAAGAUGAAAAGACAACGCAAAGCACAAAACAACAAGCAACUAAACCUAGACCCUCAGCGUCUACCAAUGCCGCAGCCAACAACUCUCAACAGUCAAAUGUAAUGAAGAAAGCACCCGCAAAUGAUGAUACAUCCGAUAGUAGAGGUGACAGCGAUGCCUCCACAUCCGAAAGUGAUGAGGACGAUGAAAACGAAGGCAACAAUGAGAAAGAUACCAAAGCAACCCCAGAACCAGAAGACAAAAACCGUGAAAAGCAGCCGUCAAACAAAGGAACAGAGACUUCAACAGGGUCUGACUCCGACUCCGGUGCUUCAGAUGUAGAAUCUGAAUCAGGUUCUGAAUUGCCGACAGACUACUCUAAACAAAAGGAUCUACAAAAAGGAUGGCAGCAGAAAAAUACUCCCACUGGUGAUAAGAACAACGCUUCGAACUCUGAAGACUCGAGUUCUGAAUCUGAAUCAAAAUGGGGGUCAGGGUCGGAGUCAGGAUCUGAGUCAGACUCUGAGUCUGAAUUUGAAUCCGACUCGGAUACCAAGAAGAAAGAUAGCAAGACCAACUCCAAACCUAGCACUGGCAUUAACGCUAAGGCCAACUCCACCAAACCCCAGAUACAACCGCAAUUGCGGGCAUUGCCGGCAUCAUCCAAACCCAAGCCUAACUCCAAUCCCAGGAAAACGGCACCCGCCAAAAAUAAGCAAGAACCAAAAUCGGAGUCUGAAUCCGGCUUCGGCUCCGAGUCUGAAUCAGGAUCUGAGACUGACUCUGGCUCGGAAGAAUCAGAGUCAGAGGAACAGUCAGAUCACAGACCACGUGCCAAUCCCAACCCCAAGACGAAUAAGAGUCAGCCUGCCAAAAGUGAAACAAAUGGAGUAAACGAGAAGCAAAACGCGGAUAGUGACUCCGAAGAAACUUACUCUGGCUCGGAUGACUAG